AUGAUUAUAAAUAAUUGUUUAUUGUUAGGAAUAUAUAUAUAUAUAUGUGGUUUAUUUGUUUUAUUAUUUCAAUGGAAACAUAUUUUGAAUAUCUUAUUAGGUUUUGAGGUGUUGACAUUAAGAGUAAUUUCUAUAUUUUUUUUUUCUGUGGGUGUAGUAAGAUUGAAUUUGUAUUUGGUUAUUAUUGUCGUUGUUUUUGGAGUUUGUGAGGCUUCUUUAGGGUUAUCUUUAUUAGUUAGUUUUAUUCGUUUACAUGGUAAUGAUUACGUAAUGAGUUUAAGAGUUUAUAAAUUAUAG